AUGAAUUGGGAUUUUAUAAAUAGAAAGCUUAAAGAAUUCUUUGAACAAAGACGACAACAAUCUGUUGAUAAAAUAUUCACACUUAAUAAUUGUAACAUCCCAAAAAAAUAAUUUAAUGAAAUGGAAACUUAAGUAAUUGAUGAUCCUAAAAUUACAUAAAUGUAACUAACAAUUCCCCUUACACUUUAAACUCCAACAAAAACUAAAACUAAUCCAAAAUCAUUUAGCUAAAUCUCCCAUUUAUUCUCUCCUCAUGGACCUGCAAGAUCAACUACUUCCAUGUAAAUGAGAUAAAUUGUAGCUAGUACUUUAAAAAAUCAAAGCAACAGUUACAAUAGUGUUAGAACCAAAGACAUUAAAAAAGUUUAAGAAUUGGUUGGCCAAACUACUAAAAAUACUAAUAAACCUAAUUUCAGAAAACUUAGAAAAUAAUAAACUUUCAUUUCAUAAAAAAUUUUAAAAGAUUUUGACAAUUUAUUUGAUCAAGCACCUAAUAAUAAUAUUAAACAAUCUGAUUCUCUUAAAUCCUUUAUUACACAAACCAAAAAUAUAAAUACUUUAGCUAUGCGUGCCUAAUUAAAAAUUAAAUCUUAUGGUUCUAUUAGAUAACUCAGUUAACCAAGUCCCACUAUUCAUAAUUUCACUAAAAUCAAUUUUGCUAACAAUUCUAAUCCAAAAGUAGGUUUAGAUCGCUUCCUCAGUAAUAAAUGGCUAUAAUUUGUAAUUGAAUAGAAAUCUAUGAGGAAAGAUGAUUAAUUUAAUUAAUAACUCAAAUCUUACACAGAAUCUCCUCAAAAACUUAUUAAUAUACAAAAUCUUAAACAAAAUUAAGAAGUCAGAGAAUAAUUAAAUAAUAAAUUAAAUCUUUAAAAUUACAAACCUCAUAGAUAUACACCUUAAUCAGCAAGAAAUUAAGAAAUUAAAAAAGAAACACAAUCUUUAAUCAAAUCGAAUUCUUAAACUAUUCUUGAAAUUGAAAAAAGAAAAGAUGAUGAGGAAUUAAUCUAAUUUGUACCUAUUUAUUAUGAUAAAUAAGUUAAAAGAAGAAGAAUUUUGAGGAAACUUAAAGUUUUAGCUAAAAUUGCUAUAAUUAAACGCAUUUUUGUUUAUCAGGUAUAUUUUAAUUAUUACAUUAUAGUUAUUAGAAUAAUAUUAAUAGCUGAUAUCAUAUAAGUCUCCAGGCUCUAAUGCUUUCUUAAGAUUUGUUAAAUACAACAAAAUUUAAGAUGUAAAAUAAAUGCUUGAUCAAGACAAAAAAUUGAUUGGAUCUUUUGAUGAAUUAGGUUAAUAAGCUAUACAUCUAGCUGUAAUGAUCUAAUCAAUUGAUAUGGUUAAAUUACUACUUUACUAUGAUGCAGAUGUCAAUUCAAAUGAUUUCUUUCUUUAAAAACCAUUAUAUUUUGCUCUUAAUACUAAUAAUUUAGAAAUUGCUAAAUUACUCCUUGCAUGUAGAGCAACUCCAUGGGAUCAAAAUUUGAGAGACUACUUUCCUUGUUGCAGAAGUCAAAAUGCAAAAGACUUAAUUAAAUUGGCUUAAUAUCUGAAAAUAUAUAAUCGAGAUCCAGAAUGUUUAUUGAAUAUAGAUAAUAUAAAGCAAUAAUUGAGUUUAUAUUGA